CGCCGCCGCCGGGCGGGCUCCGGCCGCCCCGCACCGACGUCUGCGCGAAGCCUCGCCGGCGCCCGGGGUGGAGCGGGGGGUGGGCGCGGCGCGGGCGAAAGGAGGCAGAUGCUGCCCGAGGCGCAGCCCCGCCAGAAGCGCUCGACCCUGGCUGGUGUCUGUCCGCAGCCUCCGGGACGCGGGGACCCACCGGGCGGGUGUCGGGGAGCGGGCGGCCCCAUGAGCUCCUCCGAGGAGUGAAGGGGCGUCCGGGCUGUGCCGGAGCGGGCGCUGAGCCGCCGCGGAGGUGGCCCGAGGUGACGGGAGGCCGGGAGAGGUGCCGCGCCAGCGCUGGGAGCGCUGCCACCGAGUUGAGUGGUCCCAUUAUUCCUGAAGAAAUACUGGCUGUAAUCUGAAAGCUACUCAAGUCAGAGAAAAGAUUCCUGCUGUCAUCAGUGGGCUUCAAUCAGGUUUGACCAGCUCCAGCAUAAAGCCAAAUAACAACCUUCAGACUAUCAGCAGUGAUGAAACUGUUUGGAAUUGAGAGCUACAUCCCCAGGCCAGCUGAAAAGGACACAAAACACAGGAUUCAAAGAAGGGUCAGCUACAACGUGUCUCUCCAGGAAGACUCCACAAUGAGAAAAACAACCCAGAGUUGCUUCUUACUGAUCAUCCUUCUAAUUAGAAUUGUUCCAAGUCUUUCUUCUACUGUAAAUUAUACUGAUCCUACAUUAGAGCCUGUAGUAACAGAAAAUUCAGUCAUACGACAGAAGAUAAUAGAUUCACAGUUCAAAUGCUAUGAGAGGAUGAACAGAGCUCCUCCAUACAAGAAAAAAGGUCUGUUCUGCAACCGAACAUGGGAUGGCUGGUUGUGCUGGGAUGAUACACCUGCUGGAAGGAUCACUGCUCAGAAUUGUCCAGAUUAUUUUCCAGACUUUGAUCCAACCGAGAGGGCUUCAAAAUACUGUGAUGAAACUGGAAACUGGUUCCGCCAUCCUGAGAGCAACCGAACCUGGUCCAAUUACACCCUGUGCAACUCUUUCACCUCUGAAAAACUAAAGAUGGCGUUCAUACUUUAUUAUAUGGCGAUCGUUGGCCAUGCUUUGUCUAUAACAUCCCUGUUGGUUUCCUUGGCAAUUUUCUUCUAUUUCAAGAGCCUCAGCUGUCAAAGGAUAACACUGCAUAAGAAUUUGUUUUUUUCAUAUGUGCUGAACUCCAUGUUUACAAUUGCCCACCUCAUUGCUGUUGUCCCUAACCCGGGCCUUGUAAAAAGGGAUCCCGUAAGCUGCAAAGUGCUGCAAUUCUUUCAUCAGUACAUGUUGGGGUGCAACUACUUCUGGAUGCUCUGCGAAGGCAUUUAUCUUCAUACACUGAUCGUAGUGGCAGUGUUUGCUGAAGAGCAGCGUUUGCACUGGUAUUACCUCUUGGGCUGGGGGUUCCCUUUAAUGCCAGCAUCCAUUCAUGCUGUUGCAAGAGCCAGAUACUUCAAUGACAACUGCUGGAUGAGUGUUGACACACACUUGCUCUAUAUUGUUCAUGGGCCUGUAAUGGCAGCUUUAUUGGUCAAUUUUUUCUUUUUGCUUAACAUUGUCCGAGUUUUGGUGACAAAGCUGAGAGACACCCACCGUGCUGAGUCCAACAUGUAUAUGAAAGCUGUUAGAGCUACUUUAAUCCUGGUGCCCUUACUAGGAAUUCAGUUUGUUAUUAUUCCCUGGAGACCAGAAAACCGACUUGCUGGAGAAAUAUAUGAUUACAUCAUGCAUAUAUUAAUGCAUUACCAGGGUUUACUCGUGGCUACUAUAUUCUGCUUCUUCAAUGGUGAGGUCCAAGGAGCUUUGAAGAGGCAAUGGACACAGUACAAAACCCAGUGGGGCCAAAGGCGCCGCGAGCACUGUUCCACACGAUCUACCUCCUACACAGCAACAUCAAUCACAGAGGUCCCCGUUUACCUGUAUCACCAUGAUUCCAACAAUGAACAGCUAAAUGGAAGAUAUGUAGAGGACUCUGAACUCGUUGCAUUAAAGUCUGGAGAGACAUCUACCUAGCUCAGCACCAGCCAUUGCAAACACAUUGUUUCAUGUUCUGCCUGUGAACAAAGUGGGGAGAAGGGUGGGAGUGUGGAAAUCCAAGAUGCUGUGUCAGAGUGCAGGCCCAGGUGGAAGGACACAUCAUAUUCAAACCACAUCAGCCUCUGACAGCAGUGGUGUGAGGGAGUCUGAUGCAGACCUGGAAAUAGUAUUUCUUCCUGUGCGCUGCAGCAGGGAGUGAACAUGGACUUGCCUACCAGGCUGUGUAAUCUCCACAUCUCCUGAUACCAGCCAUAUAAAGUGACCACCCAACAUUCGUGACAACUGCAGGUAGUCCAUAGCAAACAGGAAAGAAAGAACCAGUAUGUGGCAAUUGGAAACUUUCAGCACUUUUUGUUUUCUCUACUUUUCUUUAACACUAGUUUUUAAACUACCAACUUUCACAAGAUGUAACUGGCUUAGAGUCUUUUAUUUUUCUCUUUUAAUGAGCUUGAUGACUGCUUCAAAGAUUUUGCACAUUGCAAGAAAAAUCAAAUAUAUAAACAGCAGAAAGUCACUCCAAAGUAUUGAAAUCCUGAUGAUUUCCAAAGGAUGCCCCAAAAUAUUACCAACCCCAAAGGAUACCCAGAAUAUUAUCAUCCCAUUAGCAGGUGCAUAAAGCAAAUGAAGGUGAAAUAGUCAUUGCAUACCAAGAUCUCAAACACCCUGAGAGAAACAGAUCAGUUCUUCAGGCUGCAUCACACAAAUCUUGAAGGCAUCUCAAAAUAGUUUUUGUUUAACAAUACCGAGAGUUCAAGAAUAUUUAUUUAUAGGAAAAAUUGUGAGUCUAUUACUUUGCCCAGAAACUCAUCAUUAAGGCACAAUUUUUUGUGAAAUUUGUUUGGAAAUUACAGUUUUAUUUAAUGGACUUUCUGAGGUUAAUGUUAGAUGAAUGUUUGUCUCUGUUAUAAAAUUGUGAUCAUGACAGUAAAGGUAAAGAUACCAUGUAAGAAAUGAGAAACUAAUGUCUUAGCACAGGACGCAUCUAUUUUUAGAAUUUGAUUGCUCUCCUGAGUUCCUAAUCAUCAGAUAGUCCUGCCAAAACCCUUGAUGACCUAUUUCAGAUUCUAUUGAAAUUAGCAGACAAAUCCCUGCUAACUUCAAUGAGUGGUGAACAACUCUCUUCAGUGUUCGGGAAUGUCUUAUGCAAUACAGUUUGGUGUAGACCCCAAAAAUAGGAGACCACUUCAUUCAUAGUGAUUUGAAACAAUUUUUAAAUAUUGUGUCCAACCAGGCUGUUUUUCCUUGCUUUACCCUUAAUUUGUAGAUAUUAAAUGGAGGGGCAAUGUACAUGACUACCUACAUGAGUCACCAUCUUGCUGGAGAAGUCCCUCCCAGGAAUGAGUUCAUGAGGGAUAGGUGUAAACCCAGCACUGAGAGAGGGGACUGAAUUCCCACUAUCCAUACAAGAGGCAAUGCCUUGCAGAGAAGAGGGUUACUCCAUUUUUGCCACCAGCACACGCACACAAUCUCUGUGCACUACCAACACUUCCCAGUGUGAGGAAUGAGCUCCUGGCUCUGCGACCGUGGAACAAGAGAGAGGAGCUGGGGAACAAGAUGAUGGGGAACAUGUGAUGUCUUGCAGAUCAUCACAUGGUUAAUCCAGUGGAACACUUACAAAAAAAUACCUUCAUGUGUAUUUUGUUCCAACCACAUACCUAUUUUUCAGACUUCAAGGAAUACGAAGAUAGUUAUUUUUUCAGACAACAGUAUUUCUCGCAUUGUUAUUUCUGUUUUCACCAGUGAACAGUAGGAAGUGGAGGAGUCAGUUGUUAAAGACAAUAAAGUGGCUCUGCUAUGAACACUGUAUUUCUGAACUGCUUUGGGACACACCACACUUCCUGGGAGUGCUCCAGAAGGCAUUCCUGGUUUCUAAAGAUACAAAUGAGCUGAUUGUAAAAGAAGUGUGCAUAAUAUUAAAAGUUUAAUAAUGAACAUGUUGGUUUUAAUGAUGUACAUGUUUACAACAUGUAAGUGCAAGUUGUUUCACUGUUAUGUUCAUGUGGAUGUACAAAAUGGAAAUGCUUUGCCAUUAUAAUGAUUGUGUUCUUUCUUCACUA